GAUUUAGGCUCAGUCUGGUUUUCUCAGCACUGCCAGUCACACUGAGGGCUGCUGCACUGACUUCUCUUCAGCAACAAUUUGGAGAAACAAAACCUACUGUUUUUUUGUUUUUAAUUUUAGUGGAUUUUUGGCCCAUCUAUGGCAUCACAUUCCACUCAAGGGGCUCCUGCUGCAGACCUGUACCCCAAAAAAAUCCUGGAGUACAUGGAAGGCUUUUUGAUCUCAAAGACGGUGUUUACCUCCUGUGAACUGGGUGUGUUUGAUGUGCUGUUGAAAGCAGAGCAACCCCUGUCUGCAGAGGAGAUCAGUCAGGCAGUGGGGGCCAGUCUGGAUGGCACUCAGAGGCUGCUGGCUGCCUGUGCUGGUCUACAGCUGCUCAUCGUCCACCACGACAAAGGACAAGUGUUAUACAGCAAUACAGAGGAGGCCAGAGUCUUCCUCACACGCUCCAGUCCUCUGUCCCUCUGCCAGUCCAUUCAGUACAGCUCGCGAACCAUUUACCUCUGCUGGCACUACCUCACGGAUGCUGUCAGGGAGGGGAAAAACCAGUAUGAAAAAGCUUUCGGAGUCAGCUCCAAAGACCUGUUUCAAGCUAUGUACAGGUCUGAUGAGGAACUGGUGAAGUUCAUGCACUUGAUGAACUCCAUCUGGAACAUCUGUGGGAAAAAUGUGAUCACAGCUUUUGACCUUUCCCCUUUUAAGGUCAUCUGUGACCUUGGAGGCUGCAGUGGAGCAUUAGCCAAACAAUGCACGGCAGUCUACCCAGAAUGCACAGUGACGAUCUUUGACCUUCCCAAGGUGGUGCGCAUGUCGCAGGAACACUUUGUUAGUGUAGCAGACCAGAGGAUCAGCUUCCAUGAGGGGGACUUCUUUAAGGACUCUCUGCCUGUGGCUGACCUCUAUAUUCUUGCCAGAAUCCUCCAUGACUGGACAGAUGAACGCUGCAUAAAGCUACUCCAGAGAAUCUAUGAAGCCUGUAAACCAGGAGGCGCUGUGCUGCUAGUGGAGGCGCUGCUAAAUGAGGACGGAUCUGGCCCUCUGACAGUACAACUCUACUCCCUGAACAUGCUAGUGCAGACAGAGGGCAGAGAGAGAACAGAUGCUCAGUAUGCUGCCUUGCUGACCACUGCAGGCUUCACCAACAUCCAGCACUGCCUCACGGGGAAGAUCUAUGAUGCCGUUAUGGGCUACAAAAGACAUGAAAUAUAGAGGGAUGUGCACUGCAGUGUAAAAUGUACCAGGUUUCUGACUUUUUUCUCAAUAAACAAAACAAACUGCAUACA